ACAUUAAUUGAAUGGUCUCAAUACUUUUUGAUCACUUGUUAUCAUCGUAAAGAAACAAAACACAAGACAAGAUGGAUUUUUUUGCCAAUUCCAGCAAACAAAAGCACUUUGUUCUGGUACAUGGUGCAGGCCAUGGAGCAUGGUGUUGGUACAAGCUGAAGCCACUGCUGGAGUCUACAGGGCAAAGGGUCACAGCAAUAGACCUAUCAGCCUCUGGGAUCAACACAAAAAGCCUGGAUGAAAUUCACACACUUCAUGACUAUGCAGAGCCACUGAUGGAGUUUAUGGCAGCAGUUCCCCCAGACCAGAAGGUCAUACUCGUUGGCCAUAGUUUUGGUGGCUGCUGCUUGGCUCUUGCCAUGGAGCACUUCCCAGAGAAGAUCUCAAUAGCAGUUUUUGUAGCAGCUUUUAUGCCUGAUACUAUUCAUGAUGCUUCAUAUGUUGGAAAUCAGUUUGCUGAGCGGUUCCCAGCAGAAGAUAUGUUAGAUACCGAAUAUUUUGUCUAUGGUAGCUCGGAGGAGCCAAGAACUGUAAUGUCUUUUGGGCCAAAGUUUUUGGAGAUAAAUGCAUACCAACUGUGCUCCAUGGAGGACCUUGAAUUGGCAAAAUUGUUAGUGAGGCCAACCCACACACUUAAUCAACAUUUUCCAAAAGCAAACAAGUUUUCAGCAGACAAGUAUGGCUCAGUUCAGCGAGCUUAUAUCAUAUGCAGUCAGGAUAGAACAUUUCUAACAAGUUUCCAGCACUGGCUAGUAGAGAAUAUAGGGGCAACAGAAGUUCGAGAAAUAAAAGAAGCAGACCACAUGGCAAUGCUUUCAAAGCCCCAAGAACUUUGUAAAUAUCUGCUGGAUAUAGCCAACAAAGUACAUCUAAGCUGAAUUAGAAGGAUUAUUUGUGUAUUUUCUAUUGUAGAAAUAAAAUAGUCAAGAGAAUAAAAUCACAACUAAAAUGCUGCAA